UUACUGAGAACGCACGCCCGAAGACGCCAUCGCGCGCUUUCGAAUUCAAAUUCCGAACUAAUUUAAAUUAUCCGUUACAAUUGACCGCACUAGUUUUGUGUUAAAUAGUGUCGUACCGUGAUUAGAGGUUGAAUUUUGUGUCCGAUUAUAGUUCAAAGUCCGGUUUUGUUUAUGGUUUAUUUUUGUUUUUAAGGGUGGACGUGUUUUAUUUAUCGAUAUCCAUUACGGGAAGUGAUACGUGAAUAGUGAAAAUUUAAUUUGUUCGAGCACUUGUAUUGCACAGUGAUAGUGUUUAGUGUAUUUCCGGUAUAAAGAUUCAAUUCAAUUUACGGUCGACAUUGAAAUUAGGAAAUGCGGCUGUGAGCGUUUCGUUGGGCACGUGUGCUCUGGUCAAAGUCAACACGCGGACUACGACAAAACAACGAUGGCUAGGCCUGAAGUUGUGCGAUGAAGUACCUGACGAGGAAGAGGGGGGGAUGGACGAGCCCAGCGCCGCCAAGCGGCCUUCAGUAUUAACAAUAGACAGAGCCGCGUUUCUCUUAUUGAGAGUCAAGAGAGCUUUCAAAAAGAAGAGGCAGCAAAGAAAGGAGAAGCAUGCGGCUGCAGCUGCGGCGGCGGCGGCGGAAGCGCUGGGGGGCAGUGGGAGGCGAAUGCCACCGCCCCUGCUGCGCUCGCGCACCUUACCCGCCAUCAUAGCACCAGGGUUCUCCAUAUUGCAUGCUCAGAUCGACCCACAGAGAACUAAUGAUAUAAGUCAGAGUCAACUGCUUUGCCGCGGUUUGUCCGCCCACAAGGUGUGCGGAUUACGUGCGCAUGCGCCGCGAAUAUCAUUCACAAGUAAGGACGAGCCUGAACUGCAUGAAAUUCGGCGCAAAUCUGCCAGCAGCCGCCUGGGGAGCUCGCCUAGAUCAAGCAUAGCGAGUGAAGAUCGUGCUGAUGGUAUAGCACUAAGAGUACCGACACCUCGAGGAUCAGUGUCCAGUACGGGCAGCUCAAGUACUAGCUCAAGGUUGGCCAGGCUAUUAACGCAGGGAGUUCGUGGCACCCCAGAAGAUGUCGCUGUUGAUGCUCCGCGACGUCUCAGUUGGGAGAGGCGUGACUCAGCCGGCCAGAUACCAAGGUCAGCCAGUAUCGACUCGGUGGUGGAGGCGGCCAUCUGCGCCCGUCAUUCCGAGCCUAGUCAGUCCAUCACCCUGCAACUACCCACCAGAUCGGAUAGAGCGUUCAGCCUUGCUUCACCGGCUGUCGGUCGGAGAGCCAAGUCGCAGAGAGGGCAGGCGGAGUUUCAAUACGGCGCGCUCCUCGAUGGUUGCGGGGGGGAGCUGCCGUCGCUAAGCGCUUGCGCUCCGCUCCCCCCCAACCUAGAUAAAGCAACACGGCGUCAACAGAAGGAUGCGCGCGCGCAACAAGACAAAAUUGCUCAAGUUAACAUACAUUUGCAUGCAUUGUUUGCGGCGGUGGAACAUGGAUAUUUGGAUAAAGCGAGAAACAUAUUGGACUCUACAGAUGUGGAUGUUAAUAGCCUCAACGCUGACGGGCUGUCACCCCUGGACGUCGCCGUGCUGUCCAGCAAUCGACCUCUUGUCAAAAUGCUCAUGGAGUUUGGGGCCAAGGAAGGCACACAAUUUAAAAUACCAGAAGCGUUAGGCGCACACCUUCGUCGGUUGGUGAGGGAAGCGGAGUCGCGACUCCAUGAGGUGGUCGGUUGCGCACAGGACAAAACCUGCCGGGAUGAUACGUGCACAAGGUCAUCGGCUGGUGGUCAAGCGGCUGGUACAACAGGGUGCGCCGGAGGUGCUGGGUCUGAAAAGGAUAAGCAAGCUCAACACUGGGAAAGGAGGGUGCGAACCUUAAAACGUCUUCUGUUAGGCUGGCAACAGUCUCGCCCGCCGGCCGGCCCACCGCCACCCGAUUUGGAAGUAUGUAGUGCCCACACAGUCUGCGUACGGCUAAAGGAAUCUCGUGUGACACCAGCCGCACAGAGGGACCCACCUAUUGUUACCAAGUAUAGAGUGGAGUGGUCAUCCCGCGCGGAUUUCUCUAACGUGUGUGGUAGCCGUGACGUGGCCGCCUCGGGUACAAACAACGGGACCAGGGUUCUAGCGGCCGGGUUGACCAGAGGCAGGCGGUACUUCUUCCGAGCGGCCGCCGGGAAUAUCAAGGGAUGGGGGCCGUUCACAGUCUCCGUACCCAGGAGUGUGGUUCCCAGUAGUUGGCGUGAUGUGUCAAGUAGAGCGAUCCGAGGGGAAGGCGGCGGUACGGCGGCAGCGCUUGAAGCGCUUGCGAGCGCUGCAGCGGGCGCUCGCUCGCGACCGCCUGCACCACCGCCUCGUGCCACCCGCAAGAAGGCCGCCACUAUACGGCAACUGUUCACUGCGGCUAGCAAGUUCCAGAAGAAUUUGAGGAGAGGUGUGUACCUGGCGUGUAUUCUGUACCACGAGGACAAGGUGCUGGUCACCAGUGAGGAGUUCCUGCCAGUCAUCGAGGUGGACGAAACGUAUCCCACUUGUAUUUAUGCAGACUUCCAUUGGCUAAUGAAGGUGGCAUGUUGCUGGGACGACGUGAAAGCGCUACGGGCGGACAUGGAGAAACACACGUCUUCCUCUAUACACUUCAGGCUGAAACUGCUCACUGCGGCUGCGCAGAUGCAGUCAGCUCUCUGCAUACAAGACUUAGGACAAUUAUACCACAAGCCACUGCGCGACUCGCACGGCACUGUGGUGAUAUCAGUGGUCACAAGUGUCAAGUCGGCGAAAUGUGUGUCGGCACUGAACUCGCGCUGGGCCGCCGUUAACCGACUGCGGCGCCGCGUGCUCAGUGACGACAACACAAUGGGCGAACUGCUCAUGGCUUCUGUGCACGACCAGAUCGCCUAUCACCAGGUGUCCCGAGUCCAAUUGCCCCGAGGAUUGUACCUUGGUUACCUGAAGCUGCAGUCGUCGGUGGAGGUGGUCCGCAUAGUGGCACCCGCUCGCACGCCCAACGUCCCGCCGCACACUCGAGUGCGAGAGAACCCUCAUGUCUCUGCUGAAGAAUGGGAUUACCUAAGAAACCAAUCAGGCAAACCACACUGUGAAGAAGUUCAGCCAAUAAACAGUCUUGUAUCCAUCAGCGGCAGUCAGGAGAAACCUUCAGAAUCUCAAGAAAUGUUCCUAGACCAGAUCGCGUCUGCAGCACGUCGACUCUUCAAGGAAAUGGAGAUACCCAUAGAAAGUGUCAUCGCCCACCGAAUUUAUGAUCUCGAAGUCAUAGAACUUAACAACGAUGUCAGUUUCGUAAUGAUAUGCCCGCCAGCAGAGCAGGCCUGCUCAGUACCUGGGCAGAAAGAGAUACUCCUGCAGAAAGGAGAUUUGCUCAGUCUACCGAUUCAAGCCUUCGAAAUGAUACAUCUGCAAACGUACCACACGAAUAUCUUAAACAAAUACUCGAAACUUAGUUGUAUAUUAGAAUUAGAUGUAGCUUUAGCCGCCCAUUCCCACAGAGAGGCUUUCUCUUGUACAGAAAUGCAGACAGCCAAAGAACGAUUAACUAAAUUAGAAGAGCUCCAAAAUAAUCUUAACGCGAUCUGGAAAGCAGAACGAUGGCUUAUGGAUUUGAUAGGAUUCGCGAGAGAUAAAGACAAAGCGGUGCCAAGUUCUGGAAUACUCCUGAAAUAUAUUCUUGAUAAAGCGGCGUCACAGACAAAUAAAGAUUACCCUGAUAUUAGCGGCACCAGCGAUAAAGACUCCAAUUUGAAGGUAGACCUCCUUCAAAUACCUUCGAGAGAUGGUAAGAUCACCAAGAUGUCACCCGGACGAGGGUCAUGGCCGGGACCAGCUGGCAAUGGGAAUCAUGCGAAUUUACACCCAGAAUUUAGUAAAUCUGAACAGCAACUCAGCUUGGCGCCCCGACAGACAUCUAUAUCGACACUUAAUUUAACUAGCUCACAAUAUUUGAACGCUGAAAACCAAUACACAAGUAGAAAAAGCAGUGCAGACUCUCAGUUCACCCAAUCGAGUGCUAUGAGUAAUAAUUACGUGAGCAGUAACUCGCAGUUCGAUAUAAAAUCUACCGGUUCACAGUGUAGCAACACUCGCUUGCCACCUUCUAGGAGCGAAGACACCUUAGUGCUUCAGAAUGAAAACGUCGAUCAAAAACCACGUCCACACAGUAUUAACACUAGCGUAUCAAAUUCCUCAAGUCCUCUACUCACCGUGAAAGGUUACUAUCCAGGAAGCAUGAUAAGCAUGAGAGCCUCCAAAUGCAACGUCUCCGAAUCCGCCCAGAGUCUAUCGAGUGACUCAGAAAGCCAAAGCUGUCCAAUAACAUCAGUUCCUUUAAAAAUCCGUCCGCAAGGAAAGCAUUAUAGGACUUCGUGCAACGUAAUCGCUUCAAAGAGCAUGACUAAUGUGAAAUCGUCGGAUGUUGAUUAUACGGACACUGGUCAAGAAAUGUAUCCUAAAACGAAUUUGUGCGUCAAACGGCAACCGUUAUUGGAGACACAAGAAGACACCGAGUAUAACAAUAAGGUUCCUAAGACUGAUGAGAGGUGUGAUAACGAAGAACGCGUUAAUCCAGCUUCAGACGAACGGCUUCCUGACCAACCAGGUAUAUUACAGGUAUUCGCUGCCUAUGAAACCGGUUUAGCGGCUGGUACAUCUUUGAAACUUCAUGUAACGCCGCGCACAUCAGCCCGUGAAGUUAUCGACCUAGUUGUGAAACAACUCAACAUGGCUGCCGUCUUGAAGGGAAAAUCGGGCCCAGUGUACGGCCCUGAGAAACUCCAAGACUUCUGCUUGGUCGCUGUCAUUGGAGCGAGGGAAAGGUGUCUUAGGGAUGACUUUAGACCUCUCCAGUUACAAAAUCCAUGGCGAAAAGGGCGUUUAUAUGUUAGACUCAAACACGACGUCCUAGCAGCUUUGCAACAUUCGGCUAAACAACCAGCAUAUAUAUAAAGACUUACGAGUGUGUUGUGAGCUAGUAAUGUACAGGAUUUAUCGUUGUUUCACAUUAGAUAGAAACUAUGAAUUGAUACUAUACGAGUAUAUUAUUUUGGUGCCAAUUCUAAUUAUGUUGAUGCUUUAAAUAGUUAAGUCGAAGUUGUGAGUAAUUAAUAGAAAAUAUUAAAACAGAAUUUAUGGUGCUUUUCACUGUAAAAAAAAAAAUUAUAUCGCUUACGUCUGCAAAGAGAGAAAUUGAAAAUGAAAAUAAUGAAUUCAUAAAUUUACUAGAUAUCUAGUUAGGCUGACAAAUCUUUACUGUUGUAAUAGUUUUUAUCCUGUCUAGAUGGACUCGAUUCUUCGUCGUUCUAUUAUUAGGUAGGUAAUUACCUAAUCUAUAUUGUAGACUUUAAGUACCGUCACGGGAAGACAUAUUACAUUGUAGGUGGAAGAAAGUAAAUUCUAUUUUGAAACCAAUACUUAUAAAAAAGUAAAUAAAAAAACAUUUUAAUAUUUAUCUAACGCAAUUCCAUCCCUGUAUCAAUACAAACUCCUAUAAAAGUGCCUCAUUAAUUUGGAAAUCAUUCUGAUAAUAUUCAUAUCUCUUAGGAAAACAGGGUUUGCCUACAAAGGAGCAAGAAUUAUAUGUAUUUUUUAAUCUUAUUUCUUGUGAAUUUAUCUGUCACACAUUUUAUAAACAAUGGAUGUUCUGAACUCCACGAAUUAAUAUAUCAAUAAAAAAUUGUCUACAUAAUCAAAGUAUUCGAAAUGACACUUUUACAGAAUGUUUGCUAGGGUAUAUAGUGUAUAGAUAUAAUAUACGAGAAUUUCAUAAUAAUUGAAAAAAAAAAUGGUACAUAUUUUGUGUAAAUAAAAUAUUUAAGACAAUGUUUCGAACAUUAAAUAGAUUGUUAUAUUUUCUGCUAUACGAUAUACUCGUAUAUGUGUCAUUUGUUUUGUUAAAAUAACUUAGCAUUCAAUUAAUUUGCCCUCUAAUAAUAUUUUUGUAAUAUCACAUUUUCCGAUCUCUAACUAAUUAGUAGGGAGUAUUUUACGUAUCUUUCAAUGUACAUUAGUACUUGCCCUUAUAAAAUGAAAGGGUAUAUUGUUAUAAAUUAUAUAGUAAUACUCAAAUAGUAAUAUUACUGUGUUAACAUUAACUCCGCGGUGUACAUUAUGUAGUUAGUGCCAGUGUACAAAGGAAUGUAAAUUAGAAUGAAGUAUUAAAACCUAGUAAUGAAAGAAAAUAAAUCGAUUCGAGCCAUAAUUAUUUAAAAAAAAAAAAAGGUUGCAAUUGUAAUGAAGCCUAAAUAAAUGUCUUAUGAUAUUAAUAAACUAUAGAUUUUAUUUUAGAAUAUUGUGUAAUAUUCACCCUAUCCGGUGUUGUAUUUUAGAGUUUAGAAUGAAUUGGAGUGUGGAAGUGAUGCACAAAAUAAAUGUAUUUCAAAUCUA